CUGAGGCUCCGCCCGGGAAGGGAAGCGGAAGCGGGGCAGACGCGGAGCUUCUCUGGGUGAUGUCGCCAGACCGGCGCCGACCGGGACCCUCUGUCCGGGCGGGGCUGGCGGCGGCUCUGCGGCUGUGCCCCACCUGGAAGACUCCAGUGAAAAUUGGAGUGUGACAAGUUAGCAGAGGAAGGGAGUUGUUGUUUCCAUUCCAUGGAUCCCUUGGGUGCUCCUUCCCAGUUUGUGGAUGUUGAUAGUCUGCCAGGCUGGAGUGAUGCCUAUGAGGCCAAGCAGCUCGAUUGUCACCAAAGUCCUGUUGAAAAAGCUCAAGUUGAUGUUAGAUCACCUUUUCCAUACAGGAAAGACAUCAAUGAAAAAAUUAUCUUGUGGAAAGGAGAUGUCGCGUUACUGAACUGCACGGCCAUCGUAAACACCAGCAAUGAGACUCUCACGGAUAAGAAUCCAGUAUCUGAAAGUAUAUUCAUGCAUGCUGGGCCUGACCUGAAGGAUGAACUCCAGAAGCUCAAAGGUUGCAGGACAGGUGAGGCCAAGCUGACGAAAGGGUUUAACCUGGCUGCGCGUUUCAUCAUUCACACGGUGGGCCCCAAGUACAAGAGCCGGUACCGCACUGCGGCCGAGAGCUCCCUGUACAGCUGCUACCGCAACGUCCUGCAGCUCGCCAAGGAACAGGCAAUGUGCUCUGUAGGAUUUUGUGUCAUUAACACUCUGAAAAGAUGUUACCCCUUGGAGGAUGCAACCCACAUAGCACUGCGCACAGUUAGGAGGUUUCUGGAGAUCCAUGGAGAGACUCUGGAGAAGGUGGUGUUUGCUGUCUCUGAGCUUGAAGAGGUCACUUACCAGAAGUUGCUGCCUCUGUAUUUUCCGAGAUCGUUGGAAGAAGAGAUCCAGUCCUUGCCUUACCUCCCUGCAGAUAUUGGCAAUGCAGAAGGGGAGCCGGUAGUACCAGAGCGGCAGAUCAGGAUUACUGAAAAGCCAGGCGUUCCGGAUGAUGCUUCAGAUGAAGAGGGUCUGGAGACAGAUUUGUCUUUCAUUGGGUCCCAUGCUUUUGCCCGCAUGGAAGGAGACGUUGAUAAACAGAGGCGCCUCAUCCUUCAGGGACAGUUGUCAGAGGCAGCACUGCAGAAACAGCAUCAGAGGAAUUAUAAUCGCUGGCUGUGUCAGGCAAGAGCUGAAGACCUCUCUGACAUUGCUUCUCUUAAAGCUUUGUACCAGACAGGUGUAGAUAACUGUGGCCGCACAGUGAUGGUGGUGGUUGGAAGGAAUAUCCCCGUAACAUUGAUAGACAUGGAAAAGGCUCUUCUGUAUUUCAUCCACGUCAUGGAUCAUAUUGCAGUGAAGGAGUAUGUCCUGGUGUACUUCCAUACACUCACAAAUUAUUACAAUCAAUUAGACUCUAAUUUCCUGAAGAAGCUCUAUGAUGUUGUUGACGCCAAGUACAAGAGGAAUUUGAAGGCAUUGUAUUUUGUCCACCCAACAUUUCGUUCAAAGGUAUGAAACUGUUGUAAAUUAUGUGUUUUCUGAGGAUAAUUGCCUGUCUAGAAUACAUGGAGUUUGGUGUGCUGGGAGGAAGGUUCAGCAGUUGUCCUAAAGCACAGAGUAACAGAAGCAGGGUGAGCCACUGUGCAGUCCAUUUUUGUACACUGCUCCUGCCUUUCUUCAUGCUUUGAGUGUUCUUGUGAGCUGUGAAACUGAGCUGUUCUUGUCAUGAAAUCGUAGCAGAGGCAUCAGCACUUUUGUAGGCUGGAGUGGCUCUUGCUGUGUGAGCGCUUCGCUGCCGGGCCUCAGAUCAAGGUACCCAUCAAGUACCAUCACAAGCUCCUUUGUACUCUUGCAUGUAAGGUUACUCCUGCUUGUUGUUGAUAUAGCUGCUGAUAGAUAAAUAAAGGGCUUUUGGAGGCAUUUUUAUGUGAAUCCUCUCAGCUGCCCUCUUCUGAGUGCUCUCCAAGCAAACUUUCUCAGAGCUUGUAUUCUGAACUGAACCAUAAAUGGCUGCAUCUGAAGCAGUCUCACCCAGAGUAAUUCUGUUUUCAUUAAUUGGCUGUGAAUCAAGAAUGUUUCAAAGCUGAAACAUACCCGAAGACUCAAAUUAGAUAUUCAUAAUCAUCAUAAUCUUUGUAUUUGUCAUGAACAAUUUUUGUUUUGCUUUUCUAUAACAGUCCUAAAAGCAGUUUCUGAAGAUCAGGUGCCAACGGAAAGGUUGUUGCAAAUCACUUUGGUCUUUUUCUACACAAGAUCCUUCCAACUGGAAUAAAAUUUCCCAGAUCUUAGUAAAUUUCUCUUUGAGAUAUGACCAAAUUAAGAGAUUUGUGACACAGCUAAUCUGUAUUGCUGGUUUUUUGUGGGAGACAUGCACUCAUACACUUAACUGUGGGUUUAUAGCUUGGCAGAGUGACUUUGACAGCCUUUUAUUUAGAUUCAGAAUAUCAUAACAAAAAAAAAUGAAGGGAAACUUCAGCAGAUGUCUAGAUUUUUAACUUUCUUUGGCUGCUCUGGUAUAACUUAUUCUACUUUAAGUGCAUUAACAGAGAUUUGGUUUAAUUUAAAGUUCCGUGUCCUGUUACCAAUAAGAAAAUAGCUGCUCUUGUAUUACUGUUUCUAUAACCUGUGAUUAUCAAGAAUAAAAGUAAUAAAAACUCCAGAAACAUUCCUGCCCCUCUCCCUUCCCUCUGUGUUUCUGGGUAAGAUAUCAAACUGCAGUGGCUAGUAUAGUGAGA